CUAGUAUAAGUGGAAUAAAUAAAAUAAAUAAAUAAAAUGACCGUCUGUCUUCACAUUUAGGAAUUAUCAAAACGAUAGAACGAAUUCGUCGACUUUACUAUUGGCCUAGCUUGGUUAAUGACGUAAAAAACCAUAUAAAUGUGUGCAAUAUUUGUAAAAUGGGCAAAAAAAAAACUAAAGCGGUUAUGAGCACUGAUCAGGAGGUGGGUUCGGUGCGUGGUAGCGUUUACUGUGCAGCUGCUGUUUGGAGUUUAUAUCAAGCUUAUAGACGCACAGACGAUGAUCGCGGUAAAUCCUAUGAGCUAGGCCAAUCAACAGUGAAGUGCAUGCGUGGCAUAUUACAAUGCUGGAUAAAGCAAGCUUGUCGUGUUGAAUUUUUCAAACAGAGACAAUCCAAUCAAUAUGGUCUACAUAGUAAAUUUCAUUUGCACACUGGGGAGGACUAUUUCCUCAACCUAUUUUUACAACCAUUUGCAAAUAGAUAUGAUCUCUUUGUAUAUAAUUUUUUUAGCUCAAAUGAUUACAUCGGGUUUGCAAAUUAUCUAUACGCAGGAUGAAGUGGCUAUUAUCCAAAAUUUGGUAUACUAUGUCGAAAGAGCUUAUCGUACGCCAGAUUAAAAGUAAGGAAACUUUUUAAUUUUGGCCAGGGUAUUACAAAAAACUUAGCUAAAUGAAUGAUAGUAG